AGGGAAGGGGCCUGGCUUCUGAAAGCCCAGCCAGCGCAGGUCACAGCGCUCCCAUUCAGUGGGAGCCAGGAGAGGGCUCCUCUCCCUCCCCUAGGCCAGGGCUCCUGAGGGCGGGGCGUCUGGCCAUCUCCCUGUUUCCCAAGCUGCGCUUGAACUUCCUCCUGGAGCCAGCACUUCCCUGCACUCAGCACAACUUUCCGGGCAGAGGACACCCGGAGGGCGGGCGAGUGAGCAUCGUCAGCUGCCCAUGCACCCCUGACAGGCCCCCCAAAAUGAGGCUCCCUGCGACGAUUCUGUGGCUCAUGUUAUGGUCUGUGUGUGUAGCACAAGAUUGUCUAGGGCCUCCUCCGAGAAAACAGACAGAAAUUCUGACAGGUUCCUGGUCUGAACAGGGCUACCGGGAAGGCACGAAGGCCACCUACAAAUGCCGCCCUGGGUACAGGACAUACGGUGCGAUCACCAUGGAAUGCAGGAGUGGGGAAUGGGUGUCCCUCAACCCAUCCAAGAUAUGUCAGAAAAAGCCCUGUGGUCACCCAGGAGACACGCCCUUCGGCUCAUUCGAACUUGCAGAAGGAAAUAAAUUUGAAUACGGUGCCAGGGUUGUUUACACAUGUAAUGAGGGGUAUAAAAUGAUAGGUGACACUGAUUUCAGAGAAUGCGAUGCAGAUGGAUGGACCAAUGAUAUUCCUCUAUGUGACGUGGUUAAGUGUCUGCCCGUGGAGGAGCCGCACAAUGGGAGGGUCAUCAGCAGCGCCUACGAACAGAACCAGGAAUAUACUUACGGCCAAGUGGUCCGGUUUGAGUGCAAGGCGGGCUUCAAGCUGGACGGGCCGGCGGAAAUACAUUGCUCAGGAAACGGCCUUUGGAGUAGCGAUAAGCCCAACUGUGUGGCCAUCUCCUGCAGCCUCCCGCAGAUCCCGAAUGGCGAGCCCACGUCUCCCAAGGCCUCCUAUCGAGACAACGAGAGGCUUCAGUACCGGUGCCUCCCGGGUUACAGCUACAGCGGAAGAGCAGAGACCGUCUGCACCCACUCGGGGUGGACCCCGCCUCCGUCCUGCCAAGAGAUGACAUGUGAUGCUCCAAGAAUUGCAAACAGUCACUUCGUUGCUGACAGGAGCAAAUACAGACUGGGAGACACAAUCACAUACUCCUGUAAAAGUGGCUUUUCCCCUUCCACCCUGGGAAAUACUGCAAAAUGUACUGACAUAGGCUGGGAUCCUCCUCCAAGAUGUAGCUUUAAGCCCUGUGAGUUUCCAGAAAUAAAACAUGGAAGCCUAUAUUAUGGAAACUGGUAUAGAUCACACUUCCCAGUAUCAGCAGGACAAUGGUUUCACUAUUCCUGUGAUGACAACUAUGUGACUCCUUCACAAAACAAGUGGCAUCGCUUAACUUGCACACGAGAUGGCUGGUCCCCGGAAGUGCCCUGCCGCAGAAAAUGCAUUUUCAAUUAUUUGGAAAAUGGACAUCGUCCACGAUAUGAACAAAACUAUUUGCAGGGCGAAUCUGUAAGUGUUCAUUGUUAUCCUGGCUUCACGCUUCAAAAAAAGCAGACCUCAAUGACCUGUAUGGAGAAUGGCUGGCGCCCUCCUCCAAAGUGCAUCCCUGUCGAAACAUGUUUAAAGUCAAAGGUGAAAAUUGAGAAUGGAUUUAUUGCUGAGUCUGAGUCUACAUAUCUCUUAAAUCAAAAAGUAAAAUAUAUGUGCAAACAAGAUUAUGUAACAGAAGAUGGUCACACAUCCGGGUCUAUUACAUGUCUCCAGAAUGGAUGGUCAGCUCAACAUGGUCAGCUAACCCAGAUGCAUUAGGGAGCUCCUCUUCUGAGCAACCACUUCCUCCAGGAAGCCUACAGGGAUGUGCAGCGAGUGGAGACUGUGAGAUGCUCCUAGAUACAACCAGCGUCCGCGGCAGGGAGGGAGCUCUCUGCUUUAUGACCUCGAAGUUUAUGAACAUUCCCUAGACAGUUCGCUCAUUUUGUCUUAUUCAUCCCAAAGCCACGUGGUGUUAGUUUUCAUUCACUUUAAGUGAAGUAGAUAUUUAAAAUGUCCAUUCCUAUUGUUUUCAUAG